AAGUGCGUGAAUACUGUGAAAAGGCAAGCUGUGCUAGCCAUGGUGGUGUUGUGCCCUUAAAGCUAAUUUUGUCGAUGGAGUGAGUAACUGUUAACGUUACGCUUCUUUGGAAUUUUGUUGUUGGACUUAAACCCAGUGAACGUAACCCAGGUGAUACAUUUUCUUCGUUACUUUCGCUGGUACAUCUUGCUAACAUCGAUGUUAGCAACUAGCUUGUUCGUGUAAAUGCUGUUCACUAGAAUGGACCUGUUGAACUCUCAGUUCCUGGACAAAAUGAACAACAACAUCGGGAGACUGCACUAUGAAGAUGAGUCCAGGACACCCUCCCUGCCCGCUGCUAUCGCCAACAUAAGUGGGCCUCCUCCACACUGCCCAAGCAAACGGAAGUACGGCGAAGAACAAAUGGACGACCGAAUCAACUGUGAUGAUGACCACAUGACCAAAAUGAGCAGAUUGUUUGCCACUCAGCUGGCCCGUCCCUCUGCUGGAGACAACCGUAAUGAGCACUGGAGCCACAGCCACACUCCUGUGGAGCAAAUUACUUUCUCCUCGAACGGUCUCCAUGGGAACCACCUGUAUGCUUCCAUUUCUGGCUAUGCUGUAGACCAGCCUCUGGCUCUGACCAAAAGCAGCCACGACAUUGGAGUCGGGGGGAGAGAGAGGUCUGUCAUGAGUGGGACUGUAGAGCGUCAGCAGAAUCGGCCCUCUGUUAUUACCUGUGCCCCAGCGAGCAACCGCAAUUGUAACCUCUCGCACUGCCACAUGAAUGGCUGCUCACCCAGUCCACCUGCAGAUCAGAAGAAGACCAAUGCUAACACAGUAAGCGAUCCUGUCAUUGAGGAGCACUUCCGUCGCAGCCUCGGAAGAAACUACAAAGAAGCAGAGCCUGUGUCCAACUCGGUGUCCAUCACAGGUUCAGUGGAUGACCACUUUGCCAAGGCGCUGGGAGAUGCUUGGCUCCAAAUCAAGGCCAAGGGCGGGGGUCAUCAAACUCCAGAGGCAGAUCCAUGAAACAGAGGGGGGUAAACAUUACAAUCACUUCCUCGUUGUUUGCAAAUGAGAGUGGAUAUCGCCCACUGUCAUUUCUUGCCAAGCAUCAACUUCCCUUAGCAAAGAACAAUGUAAGACAUAAUGGUGCUCACAUACACUGUUACCUUGUGAACCUCAAGGUCAAACUUGUACUCUAAAAUUGGCAAAAUCUCUCUUUUCAAGAAGAGAAAAUAAAUAGUUGGGCUGACAAUGUUAGCUGUACAAUCAUAGAUUUGAUUUUGCAUUGAUGAUGAGAUUCACAAAGUGGUCGGCUGUUAGGAGCUCAUGUUCUGUUUUACCUGCCUCUCACUUACCUUGAUAGCCAAAGAAAUUCUCUUGCCUUUCCCAUCAACAUAUAAGCCAUAGAUCUGGUCUUUAUCGUUUUCACUCUAAAACCACACUGCUUUUAAUCUAUAUUACUUGAAAAAGACAGCCAGGUCUCAUUUGCGCUAUUACAUUUCUGGCCAUUUAGCUAGCAGUUACCUGUUUGGGUUGGAGAAUGUGCCUUUGCGUAUUGAAAUGGUGGUAAUGCAAUUAAGGCUCUGGUCCCCCCCUCCUUAUAAGGACACAAGACUAGUUUGUCUUCUUUAUGAUCCUGAACUGGACUUAUCCACUGUUAACUGAAUAAUUUGAGUUUCCUGUCUAUAGGCUCACUGUGGCUGAUUACUUAGUAAACUAAUAUCAAUCAUAGUAGUUGUGUCUAGCUAGAAAGCAUGUUUCAAAUAGCUGGUUUCUAUUACAAACCUUAUUCUAUACUAUAUAUUUACUCAGAAUUUAUUUUUUAUCUGUAACGUUUUAGAAAUACUCACUGCUGGUACAGUUGUACUCAAUAUAUUUUUUGUAUCUGGUUUUCAUUACUAUAUGUAGGUGUAUAUCUUAGCAUCCAUCUACAAAUCAGCCUCUGGCAAGGUUGUCUGAAUGCAGUUUAAAAGGCUAUACUGCUUUGUUAUUCUGUGGAGCUGGAUGCUAGAGCUUUAUACAUGACUGAAUACAGCUAAAUCGGACCUUCUAUAGCACAGUCUAUUAGCAGCGGCUUUAUUUAUUCUGAUCAUGUCGAUUGUUUCAUGUUGACUUUUGGUAAAAACCUAGUGACAACAGAGUUCUAACUUUGAUUUGUUUCUUUCUAACGAGAAUAGAGAAUAGUCUCCAUUCCUUCGAUGACAAAGCAGUUGAUUUCCCUUAAAACUAAGAUUUUAAUGCACAUGCAGUAAGUAUGGGUGGGCACAGCUGGAAUGACAAGUAUGUUUUGUCUGUUUUUAGUCAAGGCCAAAUCAUGGUGUGAGCUGCAAAAAACUUCCUUUAUUAUGGAGAAAAGGUGUAAGUGAUCUGUGCAGCUGAGUUUAGUUUUAAAUUAAUUUCUCACCCUUCUGAAAUUCUCUAGUCAUAGUAGCAUAACCUAUUUGUCAACACUGAUUAAGAUACGAUAUUGCAAAUUAAGAUUUUUUUGUAUGUCAAUUAACUGUCUGUGAAAACAUAUACAUUUGUAUUAAUAUCCUACAGUUUUUAAAUUGCUACAUACACUAUCCUGUCUUUAUAUUUUAUUUUACUCAUAUAAGACUAUCAUUGCGCCGCGCGGAAUGAUCAUAGAUAUUUUGCCUCUAUUCAGAGUAGUGUACUCAUAUGUAGCAUGGAUACUCAUUAUCUUCUAACCAUGCUGUUUUAUCUUUCUAAAAGUUGAUUAUUUUCCCACAGUUGUCAGAUGUUGAAAAAGUGCAGGAACACAAACGGUCUUUCGUUCAGAGACUCUCUUGGUGCAGUGUCAGAAAGACUUCUGUACUAACAGUUUAAUGAGUUUGUUUAGCUUUUUGUGUGUACCUUAGUGGAAUUUAGGGAUUAUCAUGGAGUCUGCUUGUUUGACACAAGUAGAUUUUUCAGUAAUAUGUUUGGGGUAUUAGUCCAUUGUUAUUUAAUUGCUACAUUUAGACUACCUGUAUGUCUAAGACUGUUUGCAGAAAGGACCUGCUGCAGGUGUCAUCCACGUAGAAAAAACACUUGUUCACUUUUAUCCUUAUUUCUCUGGAAGAAAAUGCCACUGUUUUGUACUUAAUUUCUUCCAAAUAAACAUACAAAUGCC